ACAAAUCAGAAAAUCAAUUACAAAAACUCUUAGGUAUAUAGCAGAAGAAUUACACAAGAAUGUCUCUUAAAGCCAUUCAUGGUGCUGUUUUUUUAAUCUUAGCCAUAGUUAUAAACAGCGCCACUUGUGAUUCUUCUGCCCAAAUACCAGACACUGUUUCUGCCCUAAACAGUUGGUUUCAAGCCAACGUAAAGCCGGUCGAAAGCCGAAAAGGAACCCUAGAUCCACUUCUUGUAGCUGCAGAGGCUAAACCUAAGAUCAUUAAGGUUAGAAAGAAUGGAAGCGGAGAUUUUAAGACGGUAACCGACGCGGUUAAGAGUAUUCCGUUGAAGAAUACACAGAGAGUGAUUGUGGAUAUUGGUGGCGGCGUUUAUACUGAGAAAGUUGAGAUUGAUGUUGAUCAACCGUUUGUUACGUUUUAUGGAUCUCCAAAGGAUAUGCCAACUAUUUCUUUUGGUGGCACUGCUAAAAAAUUUGGAACUGAUGAUAGCGCCACUUUGAUUGUUAUGGGUGAUUAUUUUGUUGCUGCAAAUAUAAUUUUUCAGAAUACUGCACCAAAGCCAGAAGGAGCAGUAGGAGGUCAAGGAGUUGCUUUAAGAAUAUGGGGAAAUAAGGCAGCCCUUUAUAACUGUAAACUUCUUGGAUUUCAAGACACUUUGUGUGAUGAUCACGGCAUCCAUUUCUACAAAGAUUGUUAUAUCGAAGGCACUGUUGAUUUCAUUUUCGGACGUGGAAAAUCUAUGUUCGUGAAUUCAGAAUUACAUGUGAUCAAGGAUAAGUUUUUGACGGUGAUUACCGCUCAAGCGAGAUCAAUGCCGGAAGAAGAUACUGGAUUUGUAUUCGCUCAUUGUACUAUAACCGGUGAAGGAGAUGGAGCCAACGAUAGAAAUGGAGCAUAUUUAGGGCGAGCAUGGCAGAAGAUGCCACGAGUUAUUUUCGCUUACACUAAAAUGGGUAGUGCUGUCAGCGUUGAGGGAUGGUAUGACAACAUUCAUCCCGAAAGACAAAAGACUGUGGAAUUUGCAGAAUACAAGAGUAGUGGACCUGGAUUUACUCCAGAGAAGCGUGUUAAAUACAGCAAACAAUAUACGGCUGCACAAGCGGAACCCUACCUUACACUUGACUACGUUGAAGCUUCUAAAUGGCUGCUUCCUCCACCACAACUUUGAAAUCUUUAAUUUUACCUUCAACCGUAUACAUGUAAAUGUUGUCAUGUUAUUCAUAAUCGAUUUUUUGGGGUUUUCACAUUUCAACUUUCCAAUAUUGUAAUUGUAAUUGUAAUUGUAAUUGUAAUUGAUUUUUUCAUCAACUUUCCAAUAUUUAAUAUAUUGACAUUUUUCUUCAUU